GAGCACUUCACCUAGAGUUUUGUUCACGCUAUUUCUUUUCGUGUUUCUUUCUUGUCUUCUUUCUUUCUUGACGUCGUAUCAAUCUAGAGUGGAAAACAAUAUAAACUAGUACAAAAUGACGUCCAGAAGCUCAAAAAUGUCGAAUAUAGUCAACUAUCGACUUCGAAUCACUUUGUCAGAUUCACGUAUUUUAACUGGUCAAAUGUUGGCUUUCGAUAAACACAUGAAUCUUGUAUUAGCUGACUGUGAAGAGUUCCGCAAAAUCAACAAAAACGCCAAAGAUGCAUCAGCAGCUAAUCUUGAGCAAAAGAGAACCUUGGGUCUUGUUAUUCUCAGAGGUGAAACCAUUGUCAGUAUGAGUAUUGAUGGCCCUCCUCCUCCAUCUACUGAUGAUAUUAGAUCAAGAGCUCCUGGAUUGAUGGCUGGUACUGGUAUGGGAAGACCUAUGGGUCGUGGUUUGCCUGCAGCUCCCCCACCAAUGGGUGCUCCUAUGGCUGGUCUUUCUGGUCCUGUUCGUGGUGUUGGUGGUCCUGCUCCUGGUAUGAUGCAACCUAGACCUGGAUACCAAGGUGCGCCUGUUGCUUAUGGUCGUCCUCCUAUGCCUGGUCAAGGUAUGCCCCCACAAGGCUUCCGUCCUCCAGGCAUGCCUCCUAUGGGCUUCCGUCCUCCUCCUGGUAUGCCUCCUCCAGGUUUCCGUCCUCCCAACAUGGUAAGGCAUUGAUCCUGUAAACAUAUUUUAUUCUAACGUUAUCUCUAUAGCCUCCUCAAGGCUUCUCUGGCGCUGGCAGAGGCGCACCACCACCAGGAAUGUAUCAACGACCUCCUCCCCCACCUCCUUCUCAAUAAAUUCAGCAAACAUCACUUUUUUCCUCUCUUUCUAUUUAACAUGCUCAGCAAUAAAUCUCACAUAUCCCUCUCUUUUAUAGUGUACAACAACCUCUCUAUGUUUUAUUAGAUGGGCAAUGACAAUUUGAAUGAAAGGUGUGGACCAAGCAUGGCGGGUGCCACUAAA